UUCUUUUUCCCCUUCUUUUUAUAUCGUCCAAUCUCAUCGUUUGAAAAUAAUUUAAAAAAAAAAAGUUUUCUAUUUCGAGUUUCGCAUUCUCCUCGAUCCCCGAAUCCCAUUAUUCCGAAUCGAAAUUUGACGUAUCUCGAUUUCGAUUCAGAUUCCAAAUUUUUCUAGGUUUCGGUUGAAUUCGUGCGGAGGUCUCCUGUUUUCGAUCUGAAUCAGUGAAGCGUAGAAAGCUUGGAGGGAGGGAUGUUUAACGGGAUGAUGGAUCCUGAGAUGAUUCGGCUCGCUCAGGAACAGAUGAGCCGUAUGUCGCCUGCUGAUUUUGCUAGGAUCCAACAACAGAUGAUGUCUAAUCCUGACUUGAUGAAAAUGGCAACUGAAAGUAUGAAGAACUUGAGGCCUGAGGACUUGAGACAAGCUGCUGAACAGCUGAAGCACACACGCCCAGAGGAGAUGGCUGAGAUAGGCGAGAAGAUGGCAAAAGCAUCACCUGAAGAGAUAGCGGCUAUGCAAGCUCGUGUUGAUGCUCAAUUUACCUACCAAAUAAAUGCAGCUCAGAUGUUGAAGAAUCAGGGAAAUGAGCUUCACAGCCAAGGAAGAUUCAAAGAUGCUGCAGAGAAAUAUUUACGUGCAAAAAACAAUGUGAAGGACACUCCAUCUUCGAAAGGCAAAGCACUUUUGAUGGCAUGCUCUCUCAAUCUAAUGUCAUGUUAUUUGAAAACAAAGCAGUAUGAGGAUUGCAUAAAGGAAGGCUCUGAGGUUUUGGCACAAGAAGCAAGGAAUGUCAAAGCCCUCUACAGGAGGGGUCAAGCUUACAAAGAACUAGGCCUGUUUGAAGAUGCUGUUUCCGAUCUGAGCAAGGCCCAUGAAGUUUCCCCUGACGAUGAGAUGAUUGUCGAUGUGCUAAGAGAUGCUAAGGAAAGAUUAGCUACGGAAGGCCCUGGCAAGGUAUCAAGAGGGGUGGUUAUCGAAGAAAUUACUGAAGAGGAGGUUGCUACGUCAGUAGAAAAUUUAAGUUCCUCGGCAAAUGUUUCUGUGAGACAGCCCGAAAGUAUACCUGCCUUUCCAAUGAACACAGCUAUGGCCAAUGAUCAGGGAUUGAAGAAAAAUGUCGAGAGCUUGCAGGCUCUUAAAGAUGACCCAGAAGCAAUCAGAUCAUUCCAAGAUUUCAUUUCAAGAACCGAUCCUGAUACACUUGCUGCUAUGAGCGGUGGAAAAGCUGGAGAAAUGUCACCUGACAUGUUUAAGACCGCCUCAAGUAUGAUUAGCAAAAUGUCACCUGAGGAGAUUCAAAAAAUGGUUCAAUUAGCCUCUUCGUUUCAGGGAGAAAAUCCUUCUUCGAGCGUGCCAUCAGUAGAAAACGGGUUUACACCCACGCCCGACAUGCUUAAAAUUGCAUCCGAUAUGAUGAACAAGAUGUCACCAGGAGAGCGGGAACGGAUGUUUGAGAUGGCUUCGUCUUUGAAAGCAAAGGCUCCAUUUUCGGCAUCUCCUGCUUCCGAUACUCAAAGACAGAGAUCAAACAAUGAUGCAGGAUCACAAGGGGAAAGUUCAUCUAGUUCUUCGGGUAAUACCUUUACGGGUCUGGAAUCAACCAUUCCUUCAUCACCUGCUGACUUACAGGAUCAGAUGAGGAACCAAAUGAAAGAUCCAGCAAUGCGGCAGAUGUUCACAUCUAUGAUAAAGAAUAUGAGUCCGGAGAUGAUGGCAAGCAUGAGUGAACAGUUUGGGAUGAAGCUUUCUCAUGAGGAUGCUGCAAAGGCUCAGCAGGCAAUGGCGUCUCUCUCUCCUGAAGACUUGGACAGAAUGAUGAGGUGGGCGGAUAGGGCACAGAAAGGGAUAGAGAAGGCGAAAAGGGCAAAGAAUUGGUUGCUGGGGAGAGGAGGGUUGAUAUUUGCGGUGAUGAUGCUCCUUUUAGCAAUUAUCCUCCAUCGCCUUGGAUACAUUGGCAGUUAGUAUCAUCUACUCCUCCUGUUCUGUCUCCCAAAUCCCUAAUUUGGCCAGAAUCCACAGGUUUGAACUUAACUUAAAGAGGUUCGUUCUCUUCUGUGUAAAAGACCAAACCCUUUCCUUUUUGUUAUGCUCAUGCUUAUGUAAUCUCUCUUUUGUUAAGAGCUUAAAAAAAAUAUAACUUUUUUUUUUGGUCAAAGU